GCUCAAUCUGACACCAAAUGAAGGAAUGAAGUUCACACGGACUGAGACAUAAUUUCUGAAAAAUUCCACAUCAGUGGUGCAGUUUUUACCAUUUUUCAGGACUAUCUGCUGUGACUGCCAUGCCUCUGUUCAGCUGGAUGAAAUGGUCCAAUGAAACAAAAGCACAGGUCGAGGAUGAAGCUUCACCUCUGAAGACCUCUGGGUCUGUUCCCAGCCGCAUGUUGAUCAGAGAGCUGCUGUGGCAUGUGGAGGAACGUGAACGGCUGACGAGAGAGCUAGAGCGGGAGAGCAGGCUGGCCCACAGUGCCCUGGGUCUUCGCUGGUUCCAGAAGUACCCCAGGUUACGGACACUCAUCCCCACAUCAGAUCUCCAUCAGCUGGAAUUCCUGUGUGCCCAGAUCCCUCCUGUCCAUGCAGCCACUGUGCUCUCCAGGUUUCGUGAGGUGCUUGCCACCAACAACAUACGGCCCUGGGAACUGGCAUCUGUCUUCAAGCAGGUGCUGAGAGACUUUCUGAGUCAAAAGCAGCACUAUGACAAAGGCGACCUCUCAGUGCAACCAGCACAGCUUCGACCAAUGGAAGCUUGGACCAGCCGCUACAAAAUGAAGCAGGGCUUUGUCACACCAACGGUCCCAAACUGUGGAGAACAACGAAGGGAGGAGAUCCCCACAGUAUCGGGGUACGUGGAUUGGGCCAUGCGGCACUCCAGCUCAUAUUCAGGAUUCAGCAGAGACUGGGACCUUCCUUAUUUCUACCCAGUUCCUCUCAGGACCACAGGAGCGUACAGCACGACACUGUGA